UAACUGCCUGCUUGCGUGCGCCUGUGUCUUCUUGGAAACACGCAAUCCUUUUCUCUGCAUAGAAUUUCUUCUUUUCUUUUUCUCCCCUUAAAAAACCAUCUCCCUUCUCUUCCUCUUGAUCUCUGCAUCGUCGGUCCUGGCCAGAUUUUUGCGCGCACGAGCAUCACCAUGUGCCGUUUCCUGGUCUACAAGGGAAGCGACGAGAUUCUUCUGUCCAAGCUGAUCCUCGACCCGACUCACUCCAUCCUCAAGCAAUCCUUUGACUCCCGUCUGCGUCUCGAUACAAGACGUGGCCAGAACAAUGCAGAUGGCUUCGGCAUAGGCUUCUACACCGACCCCAAGCUCGGCGCCGCGCCUUGCCUUUUCACCUCGACCAUUCCCGCCUGGAACUGCACCAACCUGCAGCGAAUCGCCUCCAAGACCGCCUCCCGCCUUAUCUUUGGCCAUGUUCGGGCUACGACCGAGGGCUCCUUGAGCGAGGACAACUGCCAUCCCUUCACCCACGGCAGCCUCAUGUGGAUGCACAAUGGAGGACUCGGAGGAUGGAAGCACAUCAAGCGCCGCCUCAGCGAGCGUCUGGCCGACAAGUGGUACCUUGGCGUCAAGGGCGGCACCGACAGCGAAUGGGCCUUUGCCCUGUUCCUCGACACCCUUGAGCGGCUUGGUCACAACCCGAGCGCUUGCCCCGAGACCGGCUUUGGCCCUACCGUGCUGCGAAAGGCAAUGCUACGCACGAUUGCCCAGAUCAACGAGCUGAUCGAUUCGAUCCCCGAGAGCAUCCUACAAAAUGAGGACGUCGACACUACAAGUCUGCUCAACUUUGCCGUGACCGACGGCCACAGCGUCAUUUGCACCCGAUACAUCAACAGCUCCGAUAACGAGGCGGCCAGCUUGUACUACUCUUCUGGAACCCAAUGGACGACACGCACACAGUCCGCGGACGACAGGCAAUACCAGAUGGAGCGCAAGGACAAGGGAGCCGACAUCGUGCUCGUGGCGAGCGAGCCCCUGACAUUUGAGAGAGAGAACUGGGUCAACGUGCCUACAAACUCCCUCUUGACCAUUCACAGACAGACCGUCAUGGUCCACCCCAUCGUUGAUAAGUACUACGAGAGGGAUCCUCACCACAUCCGUUCCAGUGCCUAUGUUCAGGCUAAGGGCUUGACUUCGAACGAAAAGACCCGUAGCGAGUCUGCCAGCCCCGGAAUGGUUGAUCGUCACCAGCACGAGCUCGAUAGUUACCGCAAGAUGAUGACAGCAUCCUUGCAGUUUGGUCCAUCCAGAAGCCUUAGCCCAGAUAUCGCCCGCCGAUCUCGGACACCUGCAUCUAUGCGCGAAUCAACCCCAAUCUCGCACUCGGUGCAAGCAUCACCACCAAGUGAGGCCAGCAACAAACCUAUGCCGGCCCAGGGAAACAUCAAGGUCAAGAGACGGUCGAUUCAGCUCCUCGAUAGUAACCAGAGCUUUGGCUCAACGACAGAUUUGGACCAGAUAUCAGACACGGAGGAGCCGACUCGGGCAGAGGUGCGAAACCCAAGGAAGCUUUCGCAGUACUUCCCGGAGCUCACCCUUGUUACAAACGCGGGGUCCUAGAAGGGGAGAGACAGGAGAAGGACGAUGAGAGGAGAGACGAGAAGGGGAUGAUUUACGUUGCAUUCAAAGAUUCACCAUUGUGUUAGGGACUGCGGCAUGGUGUUGAGGAGUGGAAUGAAUUCUCUGUAGAAUAAUUGGCAUCAGAUGGGCCGUGUAGAUGGAUACCCGCGUAUCGGACACACAAAAUUGCAAAAACGGCUCUUGUUUUGUUUG